UAGAAAUUUCUCCUAACUAUAAGUUAUAGCUUUUGAUAAGUUGGGUUUUAGCUGAAGUAGUUUCUUAUUAUUGUUGAAUUCUGCUGGAUUUUUCAUCUUCUGCGUCGUUGGGCUGGACAGUGUUAGGAAAGGCUGACUCUGAAUCCUCUCCCAGGGUGUUAUGUCUUUCCAGAGUAGCUGGGGGAUGGUCAUGGAAAAGUUCUGGGAUUCAGGGAUUCCUUGUUUACAUCCUCCCGGAGUACGUCUCGGGGGCGGGCUUGGCUCCGCCCUCAUUCUUUAGCCCUGACGUCAUUGUCGCUUGUGUUUUUUAUGAAUGAAAGAAUCCAACCUCAGAGAGCAGCGGAGUAAUUCCGGGAAAAGGCGGACUGACAUUUUGUCGCCGGAGUUGCGUCGAGCCAUCAGAUUGUGUGUAUCUGGUUUUACUGGUGCUUGGGGAGGGGAAAAAAACAAAGACAACUGGAUCAUGACGACAGAAAGAAACAGCAAAGCUCUGAAGGUGAAGCAGGAAUGCGGCGAGAACGUGCCCUUCCUGUCGGACAGCGAACUAAUGUCCCUGUCGGUGCGAGAGCUGAAUCUCCACCUGCGUGGCCUCUCCCGCGAAGAGAUUCAGAAGCUGAAGCAGCGGCGUCGCACCUUAAAGAACAGGGGAUAUGCCGCCAGCUGCCGGGUCAAACGGGUGUCUCAACGAGAGGCCCUGGAGCAGCAGAAGAUGGAGCUGCAGAGAGAGGUGGAGAGGCUUGGAGCCGAGAACGCCGGCAUGAGGAAGGAGCUGGAGGGGCUCAGCGCACGCCUGGCUGCGCUUCAGAGAUUCGCCAGGGGUCUGGAAGCGGGAGGAGGCAGCCUGCUGGCGACAGCCCCUCGCCUCAACACCGCCUCGGUCAUCACCAUCGUCAAGAGUCCGCAGCAGCCUCAGCCACAGAGGGAGCAGGAGCCAUCCUAGAAGGAGAUGCUGAAACCAGACUGGGGUUUGGGGUUUGGGAUUCGGGGUGGGGACGGGGAAGCCUGCAAUGCAAACACGCACACAUCUGCGGGCCUUAAUACUCACGCAGGCAGGAGAGCAGGAUGACUUGUAAUAAUAGGAAAAUACUAAGCGCCUUGUUCACAUUACAAUUGACAGAAAUCCGAUCACAGCUACGAUCACCUUUCUAACAAACAAGAAAACAGAAACAGGUUCAGUACUGUAGUUUUGAUAGAGAUGUCCUCUGUUGAUGAUCCUCCAUGAAACAGCAGUCUGGUCAAGUAAGAUUUACUCAGUGAUUUUUUUUUUGAUUUUUUUUUUUUAAUUUUUAAUUUUCCUGAAGCACUCAAAGUUUCAAAUUCUGUUUAAUGUGAACAAGGCGUCGCACAUAUUUAUGCACAAAAAACCCUCACAGUCUUUCCCUUGAGCUACACGGGGACUCUGACUGAAGCCCAACCAAGCCAAACAGGGUUACUGAGCACCAUUAGUCCUCAGCAAACCCCCACAGCGAGGCUGGUGUAGCCUGAUUAUGCUACUUAAAGGCUGGGGUGCCUUUCUGCUUCCGUUUAUGGCACCUGACCAACAGCAAAAUGCUAGGGUGGAGCUUCCUCGGUCUCCAUAAUGCCUUCUAGUCUGAAAUCACUAGCUUGGCUCAGCCUCGUGUUCCCACCCCCCUGUAUUUUUUUUUUUUUUUUCGUUUUAUUCCCUCUCAAUGCAGUUUCUCACCCUUUAUGUCACUUUAUGUGCCGGUGGGAUAAUCUAAUCUGUUUUCGCCUCCUUCCAUUGAUGGCUCUCUAGCUGCUUUAGUCAUGAGACUUUUGGGAGCAGAAACGGUCAGAGAAAUGCUGCCUGAGUGCAUUGUGAAUUUCUCUAAGUUGUGCGAUUCACUAAGAUUUUCCAGGGGUUUUUUUUUUUUUUUUGUUGUUGUUUUUUUUUGGGGGGGGGGGGUCUCACCAGUCCAAAAAGACAAUUCUGUAUUAUAUGUGUGCUCAUUUUUCACAUUAAUGCAGUGCCUUCAGUGUAUGAAGGAGCUCACCAGUCCUCCUGAUUGUCUGAAACGACUCACUUCUUAUUUCUCAUUGUGAUUUCCGUGGAUUUCCAUCUUUUUCUAAGCUUUAAUCCCAAAUUUCUCGUUUCAUAAAAACUGCCGUGCAGCAGUUUGGCCAAGUCCAACGUCAGUGGCUUCUUCUUUCUGACGAAAGAUGUUGGUCAUUUUAAAUAAAUAAUUGAAUACACGAAUGUGUGGAAGUAGAAUCACGUCUGGUAGGAAUUACGCUCAAGUCGAUGCAAAUCCUCUGCAAACAUUCCCGUUGUUGUGUUGUUUGUAAUGUCUGAGAGACGCAAAUGUUGAGUGACAUUUAUAUAUUCUAAAUUUUAUUUGUAUUUAAAAGUAGAUAUUAUGACAAGACAAGCUAACGAGUGCUGUGAUGUUCUGUAUGUUUUCAAAAAGUACUUAUGACUAGUCUGAGGAUAUUCUCACGUCUAAUUAUUGUGCUGCGUGGCGACGAUGAUUACUUUACAAAACGUUUGAUUAUUAGCUGUGUAGAAAUAUGCUCAAAGCCAAUGGCCAUAUUGAUGUAUGACGAUUUGUGUGUGUGUGUGUGUGUGUGUGUGCGUGCGUGCGUGCGUGUAUAUGUGUGUGUUUUACGUAUAUUUUUGCAAUGUUUGUACUAGCUCGUCGUCGUGGAUAUCUUGGAGGGACAUUAUUUUUCUAAGAUGAAUCGUAUGUUGUUUGUGCGGAGAAAAAAAAUUGAGGUCAUUUCUGAAUGGGCGGGGCAGGCAGAGACACAGGAGGUUAAAGAGAGAGAGAAGACUGAUGGAGACGAGGGUGAGAGUGGAGGGUUGAGAAGGAGCCGGAUGAUGGAGAAAGAAAGUAGGCACAGCAGACUGGAAAAGAAGGUGCAUAGAGGUGGUGUUUUAUUCACUUGAAAAGCCUCCGUCUGACGUAGGCCUGUUUCACUCAGCAGGCUUAAAUUUCAUGGGAGUUUAGGCCACUGAAUAGUGCUAGCAAUAUAAUAUAUUAAGUAGGCAUGGUAACACAUGAAACUGUGUUGACAAAUAACUCCUAAAGAUAUGAGGCAUAUAUUUAGCUAUAUAUGAGUAUUAGUGUGGCAAAGCAUUUAUUCUCUAUAUUUUAACGUCUCACAUCUGUCAAACCCUGCUGGAUGUUUUAUAAUACCUGCAAAACAGAAAUGGUCUUUGUAUUUAUUACUUGUAUUUUUUCUAUUGUGAAAAUUUAAGUACAUUGUCUAUUUUAUAUAUUAAUUAUAAUAAAU